GAGGGGAUUCAUCAGGGGAUUAAAGCCAAAGUCCUCGCACUCUUUACACCAGCAGCUCACCCACUGACCGACUGACGAUCUGGAAGGCUCCGGAUGUUUCUGUGAAGACACAUCCCGGCUAUGAAGGCUAAUGCAAACCAGAACACAACCAGAACGUUUCUGAGAGAUCCAAAGAAUUUUUAAGAAUUUAAUUUCAUGCAUUGUGAUAACUUCGGAUUUUUGGAAACAGUUUCAAAAAGGUUUGACUUUGAUUGGAAAAGCGCACCCCAAAGACUUGACUCUAACUCUUGGAAUUGCCACAACACAUUCUGCAAGCAGAGUAGAUUUCUAGAGCAUUAGAACAAGAAAAAUACAAAUUUUUGACAAACAUCCCUUCUGGUAUCCCGUCACCAUGAGUAGCGGUGGAACCACCACAGUUUCACCACAGGAGCCCCAGGCUUUCAAACGGGCGGUACGGAAGAUAAAAUGUGCUGCCAUGGUGGCCAACUUGGCCAAGAGCUGGCAGGGUUGGGCCAAUGAACACAGCGACAAGCAGGAUGGCAUUCCAAGCGGCUGGAUGCCUUCAUCUAUUGAAGACGAAGACAAAAGCCAUGUAGUCAAACUUACUGUCACCCCGCGUGUAAUCACAGCUGAUCCUGAUGACAACAGCAGCAGUAAGAUCCGGGCCUGUGCUGUGACCAAGACUAUCCAGCCAAAACGCACUGAAUGCAGCAGCAUGGACUUGGUCAACGCCAUUCGAGGCAAGAUGGAGUCCGGUCCCGAGGAGAGCAAGCGAUUCCUGGGGAACGAGUCACCGACACGGCGGCGACAGAUGAGAGCGCUUCAGAGCGCAGGAGGAGGGGUCAUCCAAGACAGGAAGCUGAUGCUCCAGGACAAGAAGCUGGGGUCGAGGAGCAGCAGCGUGGACACAGAGGAUAGCGGGCUGGGAGAGGAGGCCGGACUCAGCGACAACAGUGAACCAAAAACUGAACUGGGUGAUAUCCUGACCAAGAAACAGACCAACAGGCCCAAGAUUAAAAUUGCCACCACGGGUGACAUCAAAAGCCGCUGGCAGCAGUGGUCUGUGCAGCACAUGGAGGGCCAGAAGCUCAACCCCUUCAGUGAGGAGUUUGACUAUGACUAUGCCAUGUCCCAGCGCCUGCAGAAGGGCGACUCCGGCUACGGUCGACCCAAAGACGGCUCCAAGACUGCAGAGAGGGGCGACAGGGCCCACAAACACAUCCACAGGGAGAUGGAGGAGAUGGUGUGGAUCAUCAGAGACAUGGGCUAUAAGGAUAAAGAGGGGAGGACCAUCGUUACCUUCGGCCGACUCUUUGACCGCUACGUGAAGAUCUCAGAUAAGGUGGUGGGCAUCCUGCUGCGCUGCCGCAAACACAAGAUGCUGGACUUCGAAGGGGAGAUGCUGUGGAAAGGACAGGACGAUCAUAUCAUCAUUACAGUGAGGGACUGAGGACAGAUGUGAUGUCUUAUGAACAUUCACACACCGGCACACACGCCACACAUCAGCUCGUCUUGAGAAAUAAUGCUACCAAUGCCAAUCACAAUGCUGCACAAGGAACAUGGAGGAAUAUUUGGAAGAAAUAGGAUAAUACACAGAUGCAUGCAGGUUCAGGGAUAUACACAUGGGAGGGAAAUUAUAGUUUUAUCAGUCACAUUUGAAUUUUAUGUACAUAAAUUAUUAAAAGGCAUGUGAGUGUACACGCACUCUCUCUCUCUCUCUCUCUCUCUCUCUCUCAACAGCAGACUCAUUAGUUCUUCUCAUAUACCUGACAGGUCAUCUGGUGAAGGGAAGCUAUCUUUAUCAUGAUAACCAUGCUCAACUUGCUAACUAUGCUGCACUGGAAGCCUUGAGAAUCCACCACAGUGUCAGUCAUGCUAGAAAGCUUUACUCGGAUUGUGACUGAAGAAACUUCAGUCUCAUUUUUCAUCUCAUACAUCACAGAAAGACUUGACAAAGUCUCUGUUUUGUCCUCUUAAGCCAGUCAUGUUGAAAACAAGUCAACAAGGGUUCAGGGGCAAGGGGACAAGGUAAGCCUUGUCACAGAUUAUUGUGACUUUUUGGUGUUUCAGAUAGACUUAACAGGACAAAAAGAGAAGAAUUAGCCUACACAGCGAUGUGACCAACUUUUUUUUUCUCUACCUUUGUGUUGAAAGGAAUGAUUAAUGAAAGCUCAGUUACCAUUUCAUUUUUUUUUUUUUUACAUUAUUGUAUUAUAUGUGCAUUUUGUAUGGGAUUUAAAUGUACGUUUACCAAAUUUGAAAAAAAAAAAUCACCUUUUGCUCAAACAUUCUUAGAGAGAGAAAUUGGAUGUACACCGAGGUGAUCACACAGUUUCACUUCACUGCAGAUUGAGUAACCUGAGGCUGCUCGAUGGACUGAUACACAGGGAUGACGUUUGGUUCCUUCAAACCAAAAGUCAAAACUAUUGACUGUAUCUGGACCACACCAAUGAUCUGUGAACUGGUGCCUUUUGGCUCCUGAUUUGUAGAGUAAAUGCUUUGUAGAGUUGUGUGAUAAAAAACAUACUAAUAUUAUACAGUGGGAUAAGGUAACAAAGUUUACACAAGUACGGUACUUAUAUAUCAUUUUUAGUUGAAAUACUGAAUAUUUCCAAUGUAACUUUCGACUUCUACUCCAUAACAUUUCAAAGGGAAAUAUUGUACUUUCAUACGACAUUUACUAGACAGGUUUCCAAAAUUAACAGAUUAUGAUGCAUUAUUAUAAGUUAAAGGCUGGGGUGCUCAAAGUGUUUUCAGUUAUGUGGCUGAUUAGAUCUACUCAGGUGUUACUACUGUGCACAGAUGUGCUGGGAUUUACAUAAGGAUGUUAAGAAGGAUCAAAUUGUCCCACAACAAAGCUAAAUUAUCUGUUUACUUUUCAGAAUUUAAGUACACUUUGAAUGCAGGUCUUUUAUUUUGGAAUUGUGGUAUUGCUGCUUUUAAUUUAAGGAUCUGAGUACUUCCUCCUCCACUGAUUGUCUGAAAAGGAACAGACUAAUAAUACAUUUGAGCUUAGUAAUUGAAAUCUUAACUGUUAAUUUAUGUUUGAAAAACUCUUGUCUCUUGAGUGCUUGUGUAAAGUGUGAUAGUUUGGGCAUAAAUGAUUGUCUAGAGAAAUAUAUUUUACCUCAUUUUAACAUUUUGGACAUUUAUUGUUUUAAAUUGUGUUAAAUUAGUUUUGUUUUUUUUCCAACAUUUUCUUCUUUCAAAGUGAAAGCCUUUGGGUCUUCUUACAGAAGUGCAAUUUUGUCACAAAAUGUGUUUUAAAAAACUGUGCAGCGUGGUGUUUCAUGCAUACGUUGGGAUUACUGUAAAUAUACAUGUGUCAUUAGAAUUUAGUACUGAGACUGUGAAGUUGUUGAUGUGUAACAUAGGCUACAUGCAAAUCAAUUAAAACUCAUUUAUAUACUGUA